AUGAGAGUGGAGAAGAGUAUUAAUGCUACAUUUGUUGCGCUUAUUCCAAUGAAAGCUGGUGCGGUGGAGAUCAAGGAUUUUCGCCCAAUUAGUCUUGUAAGUGAGGUGUAUAAAAUAAUUUCGAAGGUUUUGGUUAGUCGUUUGAACUCAGUGUUGGGGAAGCUUGUGUCACAUACACAGAAUGCGUUUAUUCCAGAUAGUCGGAUGCGAUCUGGGGAACCAGGUAUUAUUUGCAAGCUGGAUUUGGAGAAGGCUUAUGUUCAUGUCAACUGGGACUUCUUAUUAUACAUAUUAGAGAGAUGUGAUUUCGGGGAAAGAUGGAGAGCGGUUUCGGGUUUGAAAAUAAAUUUGUCAAAGUUUGUUAUUGUCACUUUAAGUGAGGUGGGAGAUGUGAAAGGUUUGUCAAGAAGACUUGGGUAUGGAGUGGAAUCGAUGCCGUUUACGUACUUGGGGUUACCUUUGGGUGCUCAUUAUAAGGAUCCAUCUAUAUGGAAUAAUGUCAUUGAGAAGAUGGAGACUAAGUUGGCAGGGUGGAAGUGGAUGUAUUUAUCCAAGGGUAGUAGGCUAACGAUGAUUAAAACAUGUGCAAAUGAGGCAUGGGUGGAGGACAAUAUGGAUACAGUAAAUGGUGCUAUUCAUUGGAAUCUAAUGUUUACUCGACCUAUUCAUGAUUGGGAAUUGGACGAGGUUUUGAGAUUUUUCGAAUUGUUGUAUUCCCAACAGGAAAUAAAGCAAUUAUGUUCGUACCUAUUGGAUCUGAAAAAAGCUUCUGCCGACGAAAUGCGUAGAAGUGUCUAUGCUAAUUAUGCAGCCUUUAUACGCACAUCAAAAGAGAUAUCAGAUUUAGAGGGGGAGCUUUCUUCCAUCAGAAACCUUCUAUCUACUCAGGCUGCUUUAAUUCAUGGUUUAGCUGAGGGUGUCCACGUUGAUUCCUUGUCAAUCUCUGUUUCAGAAGGUUAUAAGGUUAACAAGUUAUUGGCUUCUGAAGAUAGAGAACCCUCAGAACUGGAGAAAUGGUUAUUAGAAUUCCCUGAUCUCUUGGACGUUCUGUUAGCUGAGAGGAGAGUGGAUGAAGCCUUGGCUGCACUUGAUGAAGGAGAGCGUGUAGCUUCUGAAGCAAAAGAAAUGAAAACGUUGACCCCGGCUGUACUCAUGUCUCUACAGACUUCUAUUAUUGAAUGCAGGCAAAAGUUAGCUGAUCAGCUCGCUGAAGCUGCUUGCCAGCCUUCCACACAUGGUGGUGAGCUACGUGCAGCUAUAUCAGCUCUUAAAAGGCUUGGGGAUGGCCCUCGUGCUCACAGUUUGCUACUGAAUGCUCAUUUACAAAGAUAUCAGUAUAAUAUGCAAAGCCUUCGCCCAUCAAGCACCUCAUAUGGAGGAGCAUAUACUGCUGCUCUCUCACAGCUGGUGUUCUCUGCUAUUGCUCAGGCUGCAAGUGAUUCAUUGGCCAUUUUUGGUGAGGAACCAGCUUAUACUUCUGAGCUCGUGAUGUGGGCUACAAAGCAAACAGAGGCUUUUGCUCUUCUUGUUAAAAGACAUGCAUUAGCUUCUUCAGCAGCGGCCGGAGGGUUAAGAGCUGCUGCAGAAUGUGUUCAAAUAGCAUUAGGUCAUUGUUCAUUAUUAGAAGCACGGGGCUUAACACUUUGUCCUGUGCUCUUGAAGCUCUUUAGGCCCAGUGUUGAACAAGCACUAGAUGCUAAUUUAAAAAGAAUUGAAGAGAGCACUGCUGCUCUAGCUGCUGCUGAUGAUUGGAUGCUCACCUACCCUCCAACAACUACACGUCAAUCUGGUAGGCAUUCAAGCACAUCCCUUGGUAAUACAACGGUGUUUCAACACAAACUUACAAGUAGUGCUCAUCGGUUCAAUUUAAUGGUCCAGGACUUCUUCGAAGAUGUGGGACCACUUCUGAGUAUGCAGUUAGGAGGUCAAACGCUGGAAGGGUUGUUUCAGGUAUUUAACUCAUAUGUGAGCAUGCUCAUAAAAGCAUUACCAGGUUCAAUGGAGGAAGAAGCAAACUUUGAAGCUUCUGGAAAUAAAAUUGUCCGAAUGGCUGAUACGGAACCUCAGCAGAUUGCAUUGCUAGCAAAUGCAUCAUUACUAGCUGAUGAACUACUACCGCGCGCAGCCAUGAAACUUUCCCCUCUUAAUCAGGCUACUUACAAGGAUGACACUCAUAGAAGACCUUUAGAUAGGCAAAAUCGUCAUCCUGAGCAAAGAGAAUGGAAGAGGCGGCUUGUGAGCUCAGUUGACAGAUUAAAAAAUACUUUUUGUCGCCAGCAUGCUUUAGAUCUCAUUUUUACAGAGGAAGGUGAUAGCCAUCUUACUGCAGACAUGUACAUAAAUAUGGAUGGGAAUGUGGAUGAAUUUGAGUUGUCUCCAUCUCUUAUAUUCCAGGAACUUUUUCUAAAACUGAACAGAAUGGCUAGUAUAGCAGCAGAUAUGUUUGUUGGCAGGGAAAGAUUUGCUAUAUUGCUAUUAAUGAGACUUACUGAAACUGUUAUCUUGUGGCUUUCGGAAGACCAAAGCUUUUGGGAUGAUAUUGAGGAAGGGUCAAAGCCUUUAGGUCCUCUUGGUCUACGACAGUUCUAUUUGGACAUGAAGUUUGUGAUAUGUUUCGCCUCCCAAGGUCGUUACUUAUCUCGGAAGUUGCAUCGAGUUGUCAAUGAGAUCAUAUCAAAAGCCAUGGCAGCAGCUGCUGCAACAGGGAUGGAUCCCUAUAGUGUACUGCCGGAAGACGACUGGUUUAGUGACAUCUGUCUAGAAGCAAUUGAAAGAUUGAGUGGAAAACCAAAAGCCAUGAAUGUAGAUCGGGAUCCUAACAGUCCAACUGCAUCUGUUUCAGCACAAUCAAUUUCAUCUGUGAGAUCUCAUGGCAGUUCCUAAUGCAUAGUUUUAUCCUUGUAAAUUAGACAGCAACAGAAUCCGUUGUGGAUAUACUGGCAGGUACUUGUAUGCAUUGUAAGCUCUCUUUAUUUACUUUUUUUCACCUAAUUUUUAUUCAUCUUCCUCUCCCUGCAUGGUCAUGGGUGUGGGACGUUAUUACUUUUUUGUUCUCUAAUUGAGCGAACUUUGGGGUUUGUAAA